GCGGGUAGAGCGAGCGCAGCAAAACGCCCGUCGAGUUGUGAACUUUUUGCUCCGGAAUAAGCACAUCAACCAGGUCUUCUUCCCAGGCCCAGGAGGAUGCGACCCCACCAGCCUGGCCAUUCAUUGGUCCCAAAGCAAGGGCAGUGGAUCCGUGAUUAGCCUGACCACAG